AAAAAGCUCGGCAUGCUUUUACUAUUAGUCAAGAUAAGACAUUGCAGGAGAAGAGCACAGUAAAAGCUUGACAGUUCAAACUACAGGAAGAUAGUAAAAACACCAUUCAACCUCAAAAUGUUGGACCAAUGCCGAAGUUCGAUCACCGUUGAACCAGUUCUGUUCAUGUUCAGUUUGGCUCAAGGCCUUUACAUAAUCAUUUCUCAAAGUCUGUACGUGGCUAAAGUGUGUAAGGUGAACUUGAAUUACACCUCCGAAGUGUGUGACAAUAUUUAUCAACAUGAAGAGGAACAGAUUGAAGUCCAGAAAUAUGUUUCCACACUCCAAGCUUACAAUGGAAUUCUUCAAGCUGUUCCCGCUGUCAUUUACGCCCUCUUUGCUGGACCGUGGUCGGACUCCUAUGGGCGUAAACUUUUGAUAAUGUGGUCAUGCUUUGGGUACAUCUUCAACAACGGGGUCUUCAUCAUCAACACGAUCUGGUUCUACGAGCUCAAAGCCGAGUAUCUGUUAUUUGAGUGCCUUCAGGAUUGCACCGGCGGGUACGUGUGCUUCUUCCUGGGUUGCUACUCCUACAUUUCGGAUAUAUCGACCUCGAAAACUCGAACCAGGCGAUUGGCCUACUUGGACGGACUUUUUCCCAUCGGUUUUUUUACCGGUAUGAGUGUGAGCGGAUUCCUGAAGGAAGCCUAUGGAUUUACUGCCACCUUUGGAUUGAGUAUGGUGUUCACGGUCGCCACGAUUUUGUACACGUGGUGUGUUGUCAAGGACUCGCGAAAAAUGAGGCCGAAGGAAGUUGUGGAGGAACUGAAACGGCAAAAGGCCAUGCUGCCAGCCGAGAAAGGUCAGCACAAGAGCGCAUUGGCCAAAGUGUUCGAUGUUGAUAAUCUGAAGAAGGCGUUUCAUACCAUGUUCAAGGAAAGAGAGCACGGUGCUCGACCUUACCUCAUACUCUUGUCCGGCAUUUUCGUAAUGGAGAUCUUCAUGAUCAAUGGCAAAGGCCCCACGAUGUUCUUGUUUCUUCGGAAGGAGCUGGGUUACAGUGAGAAGGACUUUGGGCUCUACAUUGCCGUGUUCGGUUUUGUGGGUCUGUUUACCCAAUAUGUGGCUGUUCCGUUUUUCACGGAAGACUGCAAAUUUCACGAUACGACUCUGGCUAUCUUGGCAGUCAUUGGUUGUGCUAUCCAACAAAUCAUCGUGGCCUUUUCGACUCGAGAAAAGGAUUGGAUGCUCUUUGUGGCAGGGAUGAUUGCAUUUCUGGGACCUGCCAUCACUACUUCAUGCCGCUCUUUGGUUACAAAAUGUGUCGGGCCUUUCGAAGUUGGUGCGGUGUUCUCGGUGAUGGCCGCUUUCCAAGCCGCUGUUCCCCUUGCAGCCAGUCCAUUCUACGGAUUCAUUUACAAAGCCACCAUAACAACCUUUCCAGGCACAUUUUUGUUCGUGACAGCGGGUCUGUACGUCAUCGUGGGAAUCAUGCUCGUGGUGGCCAAUGUGGGUUUGAAGAAGGUUCAGCGAAGCAUUUUAUUUGCCGAAAAGACCAGAACCGUCCUCUUGGAUGAAAAAAUCCCCAUGGCCGUGGAGGGACAGACGCUUCAAUAUGAGACCUAGAUUGGUUUGGUUAGCUACUUAUGUUUAUUUAUUUGAAGUAUGCCCCGGGGACUGAAUCAUUCAUAAAUUGAUUUACGUAAUAUAGCAACUAAAAUGCAACAAUCUUCGGUUGCCAAGAUUUGUAGGUUGGUCAACCUGGCUCUGGAUUGCAAGUGAAUAAUAAUUGACAUAGAUAAAAUACAUUGACGUAUGUCAUCUUAAACAUCAGUAUUCAGGUAUGGUUUCUUUGACUUGGUGCCUGUGACUGCAGCAAUACUUGGGUUGGUGUUGGCAGAUGGUUGUCGUGGCUCUGGAGAUUUUGCGAUUCCGUUGCCAUCCUCAGAUUCGGCAGUUGUGUUGGCUGAACUCGUGGAAUGUACCUGAGGCUGAUUGUUCGCGGUUGGCAGUAGAGAUUUCUUUUCGGCCUCCUCGUCCUCGUCCUCAUCUU